AUGUCUUCAACCCAGAUUGUUCGCGAGACUGCGAACGGUCCCCAACUGGCCUUGGAGAAGCUACCUCUUCCGGAGCCUCAGGCAGGACAAGCCCUCGUGAAAAUUGAGUUCACAGCGCAGAAUCCGACGGACGUACAGUCGUUUGACUCCAACGCUUUCGGAGACGGGGCAGUCCUCGGCUGUGAUUUCGUUGGUACGGUUGAGCGGACUGGAAGCAACGUUUCCAGGCUUCAGAAAAACGACACCGUCGCUGGCCUGAUUUGGGGAGGGGAGGUAAAAGGCCUUGGAGCAUAUUCUCAGCAUACCAUCGCCGACGAGAAGAUCGCUUUUAAAGUACCACCCUCAGUGCCCAAGGACCAAGCUGCCACUGUCCCAUUGGCAGCAGCUACCGCUUGGUUGGCCCUGUUUUCGAAGAAUUGCCUGUGCAUACCGCGAAAUGGGGAGCCUCGGCACAAGGUUCUCGUCUGGGGAGGAAGCUCAAGCGUUGGACAAUAUGCAAUCCAGCUUGCCAAAUUGUCUGGUAUUGAGGUGAUCACGGUGUGCAGUCCCAAGCACUUUGACUUCGUCAAGCGGCUUGGGGCCACCCACGUCAUGGAUUACCGAGCGGAAGAUGUUGUGGAACAAAUCAAACGUGCCGUGCCAGACCUGAUCUACAUCUUUGAUACGAUUGGGUCCAAAGACUCUUCGCGCAUGGCUUCUCAUGCUGUCGGUGGUGCUGGAGGCACGCUCUGCACAGUGAGACCUGGGAAGGCGAAUACAGAAGAAGUUGCAGAUGGAGUUACGGUGACAGAUGUGCUGGUUUGGACGGCAUUCCUUAAAGAACAUAGCUACGGCAAGUUCUACUGGCCGCCGUCCGAGCCGGAUCACGCUCUCGCCGCCGAGCUGUUUGAGAAAUUACCUACAUGGUUGGAAUCGAAGAGCUUCGUCCCUAACAACGCACAUGUGUUGGAAGGUCUGGAAUCUGUGCCACAAGGCUUUGAGAUGCACCGCAAGGGUGAGAUAUCUGGGUUCAAGAUCGUUUACAAAAUUUGA